AUGGGCGCCCAAGAAGACCUCUUUCGACUCUGCGACGCCAGGAAAGGAUUACGGUAUAACGAGGGGGCUCCUCCUCCCCAUCCUCCUCUUCCUCCUCCUCCUCCUCCUCAGUCUCCAGACCAACGGCCACUAUCGUAUAGCCGUCCACCAAUUCACCCACCCACCCAUUAUGCCUGCAUCCACACCCAUCUCAUUGCCAUCCACCCACACUCCAUACGGUAUAACGAGGGGGCUCCUCCUCCCCAUCCUCCUCUUCCUCCUCCUCCUCCUCCUCCUCCUCAGUCUCCAGACCAACGGCCACUAUCGUAUAGCCGUCCACCAAUUCACCCACCCACCCAUUAUGCCUGCAUCACCCAUCUCAUUGCCAUCCACCCACACUCCACAAUGGGCUGGCUUAAUCUAUCAUCAUCAUCAUCUGUCCCGUCCUCAAGAGAGGAACUUAUGUCAAAGAUUCCCAAGGCUGGGGCAUUCGACCAGCGAAUGCCCCACAGUCAAGGGAACAAUACAGUUAUCGCAGAAUGGAGGAUUUUCCCCGGCAUCAAGAACCAGUGCGUGACUCUUAUGGCAGCUGUGUGCGUCGGCGGGGGAGGAGUAAGGCUCUUGGAGGUGGAGUCUCCUGACAAUCAGAACGAGUGUCAGUCUCGUGCGAACGAUAAAACAAGUGUUAGCGCCGAUUCUAUUAGCGCAGUACAGUCUCAGGAGAAUUAUUGUUAUUGA